UUUUGCGGUACCGAAUGUGCCUUUUGAAAUAAUUUUUUCAAUUUAUGACAAUCAUAAUUCGUAAUGUUGAGUUUUUUUGAAAAUUGGUAGUUUUUUGAGCUGUAUAUAGUGAUUUGGUCUUCGUUGUAUUGAGGAACAAUUAAGCUGAAAUAUGAGCAAACUGUACAUAUUUUCUUGAAUCCUCUCUUGCAAAAUCAUUGUGUUAUCAUAAUACUUUGUGUACUAAAAUGGACUUGGAUAAGCAUUUAAUAAGAGAGGUUAAAAACCGUCCUGUACUGUAUGAUUCCAGUCAUUCAAAUUACAAAGAUAUCGAUUAUAAGCAACAAACAUGGAUUGAAAUUGGUAGGAAACUGAUUGGCACUGAAGAUGAUACAACCUCAGUGAAUGCUCUCAAAGUCCGAUGGAAAAGCUUACGCGAUGCUUAUGUUAAAGAAAGAAAAUACGACAUUUCUAAAAGUUGUGGAUUGAAAGUAAAAUUGAAGAAACCAUGGAGGUUCAAAAAACAAAUGGAAUUUUUAGCCCCAUUCAUUCAAAGCAGAAAAGAAAUCAUUGAUGUUUCAAACACCGAAGAAAAUGACAGUAGAAGCGAUAUCACAAUUGAGACUAAAAUUGAUGGGCCGAAUUCAAGUCACAAUGAUAGCCAGAAAACGGAUAAUGAACCAGAUAGUUCUGUCAAUCACAAAUCUGACUUAGCUGAUUACAAACUUAUUCCUCGUGAACGAAAAGCAACCGAGAUUGAUUCAUUUUUCCGCGGAAUUUCUGAUGCAGUUAUGGGACUGAAUAAGAAAAACCAAAUAAUUGUACAGAGAGAAAUUGCUACAUUGGUGAUGAAUUUUAAAUUGAAAGAGCUAGAAGAGGAAGAAAAACGUAGCAAUAACUCAUGACAAUCAAAUUAAAUAUCAUCAUCAUUAUUAAUUUUUUUUUUCAAUGUACGUGUUGAAUAAAAUAGUAGGUAUAGCUUUUAAAUCUUGCAUUGAAAUAAAAUAAUCUAUAGAACUAGCUAUUUAUAAGAAUACCAUUAGUUCCAAGAUUCCCCAUCUUUUUGAUUGUUUUGAACGGUAUAUCUAUAAAUGCUAUCUUUGUUCCUGUUGUACAAUUAAUUGAACCUUGAACGACACUGUUUCGCUUUCACGACCCUUACUAAUUGAAUUUAAUUUUCUCAUUUUCAAAUCAAACGUUCAAUUUGAAUAUACUUGUGUAGAACGAUUUUUAAUUGACCUAUCGUUUGUGUACGCGUAUCAUUCUGCAUUUGAAAACUACAAUUUUGAAAAAACGUCACUUUUUUCGAGACUUGGCUUUUAUGUAAAUCAUAACUUUUCAAUAUUUUAUAAUACAUGCUUCCUGUGGUGUGUCA